AAGAGAGCGGAAGUGUUUUUGUUUUGGUGCCGCUGGGUACUGUGGGAAAGCCGGUGUCGUAGGUGCGCCAGCCCGCGGUGCGGGAGCCUAGAGGUGGGAGAGGCCCGAAGGGAGGCAGCUAUCGGUUCCUGCUCGUCUGUCAAAGACCGGAGAGCGGGGCCCGUGGGACGUGCGGUAUGUCCUUUGUCUUGCGCCCUUCAUAGGCAAUCGAAGGGCUUCCAUCUCCGCGCUGCCCGAGUUAAUGGAGAGAACGGAAGUGAACCUCCUGGAGCUUUCUUUCCUACCCGCCUGGAAAAAAAAAAAAAAGCGAGCCGAGCCAGCUGUAUUCGGCUUUCCUUGGCCAACUUGCCCCUGCUGGAUCCAUAGGGAGAUGGAACGGCAUCAGUGGUCGAUUUCCAGCACCUCACUCGGAGUUUGUCUCUCUCCGUUUCUUGAACAAUGCUACAUUUUAUGGGAUUCUAACUCAGGGAGAUUUGUAGAAGCAGGGCGUCCUGCUGCGAGUCCCGUGGGACUCGGUCGGUAAUUGCCUCUUCACAGCGAGCUUCCCUAGCAUCAGCUGCUGGUUCGCUUGAAAUUCUUGUUUAAAAAAAAAAGUUAAUUGUAAAGAUGUCUGCUGUGGCCUUUCAUCAAACUUAAAUAGUUUGCCUUUUUAAAAAAUUAAUCUGUUUUCCUGUUUGCUAUUCUCGGAAUAGGAAUAGAAUAGACAAAGUUGGCUGAGAUUUAUCUGGCUGGCCAUAUUCUUUCAAUAAUUGUAUUUCUCGGAGAGUUGAGUGCUGCUGUCUCCAACCUAGCUUUUAUGCUGGCAUGAAUUCUGAGGUCUGAAGUCUGAUACAUCUAAUGCAUCACAUUUGGGGAGUUGGCCUAUGGCAGUUAUUUCUACAUUUCGGAUCCCAGACCUCUUUUUAAAUUCAACCUGCCCAUAAGGCCCCUUUUAAAGAUUAUUAUAUAUUUUUUUCACUUUAUAUCUGCUUUUAUAAAUUUUGACCUUCAAUAGACAGCCACGUAUUUGAAAAAAGGAACAUGGGGGCAAAUUAGGGUUCUCAUCUAUAUGGGUGAUGUGUACUCUUCAGAUAUCUAUAGUUCAUCCCAGAUUUGUGUUCUUCUGAAAACACUGGAACUCCUCUCUCUUGCUUGUGAUCCAUCCUGUAAUCUGCAAUCUGUCUGAGGGCCAUAGCUCUAGAAAAAAUAUUUUCUUUUCUCCUUAUAAAAACUAAUUCCUCCCAUAGCUUUAAAAUUCAUCUAGAAAAUUCAUAUUUUAUGUUUCUUGAGAUUGGAAUAUUCAAGUACAUUUUUGCAGACUAGACAGACGUAACAGUAAAAGAAAUAGGAUCUGUUCUAUAACCAUCAAUGUAAUUUUUACAAAACCAUUAAGAUGAACAGUUAUAUUAGAAAGAGGACCAUUUUUUACCAGUGCCUACAAUAUAGAUAAGCAGCUUACUUUCCUUGCAGGCUUUAUUAUUAUUAUUGUAGUUAUGGCAGCUGCGACAAUAGUUCAUGAUACUUCUGAAGCUGUAGAGCUUUGUGCUUUGUAUGGUUUAUACCUUAAGCCCAUUACAAAAAUGACUAUCAGUGUGGCACUUCCACAGUUAAAGCAACCAGGGAAAUCCAUUUCCAACUGGGAGGUAAUGGAAAGACUAAAAGGAAUGGUGCAUACUCAUCAGUUCUCAACACUACGGAUUUCUAAAAGCACCAUGGAUUUCAUCCGAUUUGAAGGAGAAGUAGAAAAUAAGUGUUUAGUUAAAUCCUUCCUUGCAUGUCUAGAUGGCAAAACUAUCAAACUUAGUGGCUUUUCUGAUAUUUUAAAAGUCCGUGCUGCAGAAUAUAAAAUUGAUUUCCCUACACGACAUGACUGGGAUUCUUUUUUCCGUGAUGCAAAAGAUAUGAAUGAAACUUUGCCAGGAGAAAGACCAGAUACUAUCCAUUUGGAGGGGUUACCUUGCAAAUGGUUUGCAUUAAAAGACUCUGGCUCAGAAAAACCAAGUGAAGAAGCUCUCAUUAAAGUAUUCAGCAAAUUUGGAGAAAUACGUAAUGUGGAUAUACCAAUGUUGGAUCCAUAUAGGGAAGAAAUGACUGGCAGAAAUUUUCAUACAUUCAGUUUUGGAGGCCAUUUGAAUUUUGAAGCCUACGUUCAAUAUGAAGAAUAUGCAGGUUUCAUCAAGGCUAUGAAUGCUUUGCGAGGGAUGAAGUUGAUGUACAAAGGUGAAGAUGGCAAAGCGGUGGCUUGCAACAUAAAGGUUUCAUUUGAUUCCACUAAACACCUGAGUGAUGCAUCAAUUAAGAAACGUCAGCUGGAAAGACAGAAGCUCCAAGAGCUUGAAAAACAAAGAGAAGAGCAAAAACGUAAAGAAAAGGAAGCAGAGGAAAGACAAAAAGAGGAAGAAAGGAAACAAAAAGAACUUGAAGAGUUAGAAAGAGAGAGAAAAAGAGAAGAAAAAUUGAGGAAGAGAGAGCAGAAACAAAAAGAUCGCGAAAUACGUCGAAACAAGAAAAGACUUGAAAAACUUCAAGCUGAAGAGCAAAAAAAAUUACAAGAAAAAAUAAAACUAGAAGAGAGGAAGCUGCUUUUAGCUCAAAGAAAUCUUCAGUCCAUUAGACUAAUUGCUGAAUUACUGAGCAGAGCCAAGGUAGUAAAGCUUUUGGAACAGGAACAUAUUGAGGAAAAAAUUCGUCUUCAGCAGUUUGAGGAGAGGAGAAAACUGCAAGAGGCAGAACUCCAACGAGUAGAGGAAGAAAAAGAAAGAGCUCUUGGACUGCAGAGGAAAGAAAGGGAAUUGCGAGAGAAAUUGCUCAACAACCUUAUGAGCAAAAAAAUGGAAAUAAUUCCUGUGAAAAAGUCCGACUCUACUGUAGUGCAGUUUCCCACCUGGAAAAACCUAGCAAGUGUUCCCCAUUGCAUCACAUCUACCUCAGAGCAAUCCAUCUUGUCUCAACCACUCCACAUUUGUCAAAGCAGCAUAGCAGCUAAUGAAAAUUUCCUUCAUCCAAAGUACUUAAAUGGGAGUGUCCAUGAGGAAGGUCUUCAAGACACUAUGAUCAAUAUUAACAACAAGGAUAAGGUCUCUGACGAAAAUAAUUUGGGUGUCCUUUCCAGUGUACCUGCAAAUCAGCAACACAACAGCACAUUGGAUCAUGAGAAGAUCCUUUAUAAGAACUCCCUCAUAGAACACGGCAAAUGCAACAGAGAGCCAAGCAAGGGGAGAAGUCAUUCAUACAGAGACAGUGACGUUUGUAAUCACCAGAGCAAAAAUAAAAUUGAAAAAAGCAGACACAGAAAAGACUUAAGUAGUGAGGAUGAGAAAUGCAGAAAAGAUAGGCACCCUUAUAAAAAACACUCUAGAAAGAGUAGUAGUCCUCAUCAGAGGAGCCCAAAUUUGGAAUAUACACAACAGAGGCAGACAUUUAGUAGCAACCGAUACCAGGAUAAAAGAAACCACAGCCAUAAGAGAACCGGGAAGAAACAGAAACAUCUGAAGAGAUCUUUGAGCAACCAAAGAAGUAGGUAAUAGAGGAGUUAUCUUUUUCUAAGGGCUAUUUUGGAAAAAGAACUGCAGUAAUCUCUGCUUUGCCUAUCUCGCAGAGAGAAAGGAAAUUGAAUUUUUUACUUGAAUGAUUUGCAGAAUUAAAGAAUUCAUAACUACUCUUUUCAAAACAUCUUUUUGUGACUUAAUUGUCAAUGGUUUCUUAGCUGUCAAUUUUUAUUGUUGCUCACGUUGAAACCGUGAUAGCCAGAUUAGUUUCACUUAUUUCUAGUAUCCAGUUCUUUUUAUUGGUAAUGACUGUAAUCAUAGCAGUUUCUGUUUAGAAAUCGGCAUGUAUUCUAAUACAGUUCUAAUAAGAACUGUAAACUCGAUGAGUUACUACAUACUUGAUUCGUUAGAACUCAGUAAUUCCAUGCAGGACUUUAUGCUAUCUCAACAGGUGCUAGAUGCAACCAUAUUUUUAUAUAGUGCUGUGAUGCCUUCUUCGCUAUUUUUGCCAACUGCAUUAUUUCCUGACCUUGAAGGUCAUGAUGUUUAUUCUUUUACAUGUUUUGAAGCUCUGUUACAUUUCAAAGCAAUAUCCAACAUUUGGAUGGGAAGGGUACUUCCAAAAAAGUAGAUUACAAAAUUUUUGAUGUAUCAGUAUUUGAUUUUUUUCCCUAUAAAUGGAGUUUUGAGGCAUCUAUAUUUGAAGAAGGGCCUUUCAGCUAAGUAAUAUAUAUGUGUGUGAUGUUCAGGUUCAAAGUUAUAUUUUCUCCUUUUAAAAUAUCUUUGCUUCAAGAAAUGAAGCUCAGGAAUUUCCCCAAAAUAUUUUCAUAGUGCAAACCAGCUUUCUUACCAUUUAAUGGUAAAACUGCAAAAGCCAUUGCCAGUGAAUACAAACUGCUUUGUAUUUGUGUCUGGAAAUAAUAAAGAUCUAUACAUACUUCAUUAAA